AUGAAGAUAAUUUGUGCAGGUAUUGGAAAAACUGGUACAACAUCAAUCACCAAAGCUUUGCGUUACCUUGGAUUCACGGUUUUUGACUGGGAAGAACAAACUUUGUAUUUCAUAGAUCACUGGGUUGAUGUUUUUCAAAAUGGCGUCCAGCCAGAUGUAAGUCGACUCUACAAAAAUGUUGAUGUGCUUGUGGACUCUCCCGGAAAUUUUUUCUGGGAGGAAGUAUUGGAAGCUUUUCCUGAGAGUAAAGUAAUUUUGAGCGAAAGAGAAGAAGAUUCUUGGGUGAAAAGUCUGGUCAAUCAGCUUCAACUUAUUACGGCUGUGAGAUACCGCGAAUUUUACCGGAUGCUGUCCCCAACAACAAGAAAAAUCUACUUUGUUUUCUAUUCCUAUCUUAAUGCUGCUCUUGGCAGUACAAAUCCCAGGUCAACUACUAUUUUUCGUAAGCGAUACCGUGAGCACAACCAUCGUGUCAAGUCCCUUGUUCCACCAGAGAAACUGUUGGUGUACAACGUUAAGCAAGGUUGGAAACCGCUGUGUGAUUUUUUGGGCUGCGAGGUUCCAACCGGAGUGGCCUUCCCGCAUGAAAAUAUUAAGGGUGAAAUAGCUAAAGAUUCAUUGUCUGCGACCCAAUAUGGUCGGCAGUGUAUACGGGAAAUAAAGCAGCUGGCGGGCUUCGUAAUCCUAUCUGUUUUUGUAGCUAUUGUGGCUACAAUUUUUGUCGUUAUGUACUUUUGA